GUGUUUUCCGAUCGGUAAUAAUAAAUAAACUUACUGAAUUUUGAUAAAGCUUCCUGGCACAAAGCUGCCCGCAACCCAAAAAAAUACAAUACCAAAUCGUCAUCACUAUCAUCCUUCACUCCAUUUGUUUGUAUCUGUGACUUCGAUUGGGCCAAGCAAACCUCGACUUAUCAAGUCGUCCUUUUUUUUUUGUCGUUUCUGGUCACCCUUGUUGCCGCACUUGUUCCCCACCUCAAAAUCAAAAUCGACGACAUCCGUCCCAUUCCACCGUAAUGUCUCGUGCUUCCGCAGCUCCGCCGCCGAUGCCUCCCUUAUCACAACCUGUUGCCAUCCCCGUAGAGCCCUCCCUAUGGGAUCGCUUUACCAAUUGGGCAUCGGAUAACAAAGGACUUGUCUAUACUAUUGCUGGUGUAGCUGUUGUUGUCACUAGCGCCGGUGUCGUCUACUACCUUAACGGUGACGCUCAAAAGCAGCGAUCUGCGCAAUCUAAACCCAGCAAGAAAGAGAGACGGAAACGAAAGGAAGCAGAGCGCCAAGCCGAAGCAUCUAAGUCUACCUCUGCGGGUGACCAAGCAAAAGCUCCGACGGUGGACGCGGUCGAUGAGUUACCCGAGAUCAACGAGGAUACUGUCGCUACCUUCACCGACGAGCAGCGCCGCGACUAUGCUUUGCAGUUGAAGAAUGCUGGAAAUAAAGCUUAUGGAAGCAAAGACUACGACCGAGCUAUUGAUCUCUACUCUAAGGCCAUCCUCUGCAAGCCCGAUUCUAUCUUCUACUCUAAUAGGGCCGCCUGCUACAACGCCCAAUCUGUCUGGGACAAAGUUGUAGAAGACACGACUGCUGCUAUUAACCUAGAUCCUACAUACGUAAAAGCCCUGAACCGAAGGGCCAAUGCUUACGAGCAUCUAUCCCAGUUCAGCGAAUCGCUCCUGGACUACACUGCCAGCUGUAUCAUCGACGAGUUCAAGACCGAAUCUAGCACCAAUGCCGUCGAACGAUUGCUUAAGAAGGUUGCCGAACAGAAGGCUGACGAAAUCCUGAAGGCCAAGGAUCCUAACAAGCUACCCAGCCCUACCUUUGUAUCCAACUAUAUUCAAAGUUUCCGAGCGAAGCCGCGUCCCGAGGGGUUAGGGGACGAUGUGGAACUACCGGAAUCGACUGGAAAGGGGCAGUUGCAACUAGGGCUGAAGGCUAUGGAGAAGCAAACCCACGAAGGUUAUGAAGAAGCCGCAAAUGCGUUCGAAAAGGCGCUGGAAUUGGGCGACCUGGGUGAGCACGAGGCCCUCGCUUACAACCUGCGAGGUACGUUUAGAAAUCUACGUGGGGCGCAGGAGCAAGCUCUGCAGGAUAUGGACAAGAGUAUCGAACUCGAUCCGUCGUACACUCAAAGCUACGUCAAGCGUGCAAGCAUGCACCUGGAAAUGGGUGAUCGAGCGAGUGCUGCUGCGGACUUAGAGCAGGCUUUGAGCCAAAACGAUAGCGACCCGGACAUCUAUUACCACCGCGCGCAGUUGCACUUCAUCCACGGUGAAUUCCAAGAUGCUGCUAAGGAUUAUCAGAAGUCAAUCGACCUUGACUCUUCUUUCAUAUUCUCACAUAUACAGCUUGGUGUAACGCAAUACAAGAUGGGCUCCGUCGCGUCUUCUAUGGCAACGUUCCGUCGGUGUGUCAAGAACUUUGACAAGGUACCGGAUGUGUACAACUACUACGGAGAGCUCCUCCUCGACCAGAGCAAGUAUGAUGAAGCGAUCCAGAAGUUCGACACGGCUAUGGAGAUGGAGAAGGAGACGAAGCCUUUGGCGAUGAACGUACUACCUCUUAUCAACAAGGCCUUGGCUCUAUUCCAACAGAAGGCCGAGUUUACGGAAGCAGAGAAGUUAUGCGAGAAGGCGCUGAUCAUUGACCCCGAAUGCGAUAUCGCCGUGGCUACGAUGGCGCAACUCCUCCUUCAGCAGGGCAAGAUCACGGAGGCGCUCAAGUACUUCGAGCGGGCGGCUGAGCUUGCGAGGACGCCUGGAGAGAUCGUCAAUGCGCUCUCGUACGCCGAAGCCACGCGGACGCAGAUCCAAGUCCAAGAAAAGUACCCUCAAUUAGCGGCUAAACUCCAAGGAAUGGGCACGGGCGCGGCUGGUAUGGGAGCCGGCGCAUUCGCGGGCGCUCGCUAGAUUUAUAGCAAUUGAGCAGUAUUUUUUAAUAUAACGCAACCAUUCACACACACACACUCACACAAUUGCGCGCGCACACACACAUUUAAUAUAGGGUAUAUCACUUCGCGACUCUACUUAUCGCCCACUUGUUCUAUUCUCCCUCCUCCUCCUUCCCCACCGAAUUGAGACCAGACUAGGAAGACACGUUGAGAAGUUGUUGAAGGGCGAAAUGCAUUUUAGGGUUCUCACGGGAAAUUACUAAAAAAAGAACCAUACGCCCUGGAAAUGUCUUUUGCAUUAGGAACCUUUUUGGGGGGGGGAGAGGGGGGGGAGGGGGAGGGGAGCUCCCUCCGAGACCUGCAGAACCUAAGGAUGAAAUCCAUUUGUAAUUUUUCUUUUCCCCCGUCGUCGUGGUCGUCCUGCUCGUUUUCGUUGUACCUAGUUAGUAUUGUACAUAGUUUAACGCCUAUACUCCUUUUUCGUAUUCUUCUUUGAAUUCGAGACUGACGCACCAGAAACAUUUGGUGGUCGGGUAGUUGUUCUAGAGAGAUGAGAUAAAAAAAAAGAAAAGGGGGGAGGGAAGGGGAACUAGGUAGGUAGGUAGUGGUUGCAGGUUCCGCCCUCGGCCUUAC